AUGCCUGAUGAGGGGGAUGUUCUUGAAGACUUUGGGUUCAACAAUACGUCUUCUUACCAGGACAGAACGUACCUCUUAGGUCUUUACAUCGGUCUUUACCUUUCCGGCGGCUUCUCAGCGGAGGAUCUUCACGAAUGGCGUACUGGAGGCAUCCUGGCCGAAAAGAUCGAAGAGUUUUAUUAUGGCAUUCCUGAAAAAUCACGCGGAGGCUAUUUCCCAUGGUACUUGCAGAACCGCCAUGUUUUGAGUCGUCCUGGGACGGAAGGAGAGGGGAGUCAACAUCUCAUAGCCACCUUCUACGACAAAGUUAAAUCCUACCUGGAUGUCAAGGAUCGUAACAAAACGGCGAAAGAAUUGAAACCAGAAGCCAAGAGAGAUGCUUACAACUUGCUAGCGACAGUGUCACAACAGUUCAUGCCCAAUCCCAGUGAGAAGAACUGGUACUCUUUCGGAUUUGUAACCUGCCGAGGACAGGACGAAGAGAAUAUACUCGCGGAAAUCUACCGGUGUCUUCUCCUGAAAAACGGUGGAGGCUUCUUCCCUGACUUCUACGAAAGCUUAAGGGCCCACGAUCAGCCUGUCGAUUUUACACAGUUCUGGAAAGCGUAUGAAGCUGGCACUCUCAUACAGCUUAUGGACACGAGUAGCCUCGAGGAUUCCCGAUCCCGUCUUCCAUUCCUGGAAGUCUUCCUGUCCGUUCCGCGAGCCUGCGAUCGUCCCUCCGUAUGGGAUCUGAAGUGGAUGCUUGACAUCAACGACCCCACGAACUUUACGCCCAUUCUUCCAGUCAGCGUCGACUAUGGUUUCAUCAACUGCCACACAUUUGAGGAGACCUGUACACUGGUGGAAAUUUACAGAAGAGUGUUCCAGAAUACAAGUCCACUAGAUCUUCAUCAAGCGUGCAUUGCGGGAACUUUGUGGCAGUUCGUAAGCGGUCGUAUUCGGAUGGAGGAGCGGUGGAGGCCGUUGAUGAAAAAUGUCUAUUCACGGGUCGAAUCAACAGCGUCGGAGGUAAACGGGAAUACUCAGUCGAGACCAGGAUGCGAAACGGACAGAGAGCCCGUCGAGUUUUCACCUUUGUUAUCGAGACUGUUACGUUCGCUCGGUAUUUUCUGA